AUGUCAAACUACGCCAUCUCGCCGCCACCGCAGAAGCCUGCGCCGAGACCAUUUUCCCCUUCGGCAUAUCCAACACCCACCACCGCUGGCUCGCCCAACAUGGCCUCGCCAUAUGGUCAACCACCACCUGCGAAGCGACAGCGACUAUCGCCUGAUGCGCGGUCGCCUGUCGGUGGAGGACUGCCAUACAUGGCGAACCCAUACAACACCUACGGGAACCCUUAUGCCCAACAGGCGCCCGUCCACUCACCAUACGGUAGCCCAGCAUCAUACGCCUCUCCGCAAGCAUCUUUCAACACCCCUCAAUAUCAUCCACAAUGGCAGCAUUCCCAGCCUGUGACUCCGGCAGCAACAGCAGCAGCAGCAGCAGCACCCACACCUUCGCGACAGAUGAGUCCGCCGCAAACGCAGAGCUCGCAGUCGCAGAUGAUGCCUCCGCCUCCACGACCAAACAAGGACGAGAAGGAAGAGCGUAUGAAUGUGGAUGACAUCGGUGACUCGUUGUUCGGGACUGGUGUCAACGUCAAGGACGAGGAGAACAAUCUGCAUUCGACCUAUGGAAGUUUUGUCUCCGGGCAAGGCUCGUUCACUGGCUCGAGCACAUUAUCACCCAACAACAGUUUCAACCUCCUCACGCAAUCCACCUCCUUCGGGUCGCAGAACGGGCCAAAUGGUGCUUUUGCUGGGACGAUCGGACGUCCGCAAUCCCAAGAGGAGAUCGAGGCAGAGGUCAAGCGGAAGAAGGCAGAGGCGACGAGAGCGAGGAAUGAGAGGUUGCAGCAUCACAUGGAAAACCAGUUCCUGCAGACAAAUUGUAUCAGAAAGCGGAUGAUGGAGAGGGCACACGAGCACGGCGUGACGGUCAAUACGCAGGGCUUAUGGCAGAAACAGCCCGAACCUCGCACAGUCAGUAUGAUGAACGGCGCAGGGACUGAAGGUUUGGCUGCGAUCGAUACGCGGCCUGAGUUUACGGCGACCAAAGGCGAUAUGUUUGAACAGUUGAUGAGUCUGGUGUCGCUAGCUGCAGGUGAGAGGCUGAGAGGUUUGGUGGAUGAUGCGUAUGCUUUGAGUCGAGCGAGACGGUAUGGUGACCACGGCCGCGUCCCACCGGAUUUCGCCGACAUUGCAGUAGGUGAGGGGGAGAAGAAAGAGGACGAGGUGGUGCAGGAGAGUAUUACUGGUACGCAGUGGGACAAGGUCCCUGAGACGGAUCUCCUACCCAACGGCACUACCAAAUCCGCUACCCCACCACCCUCCUCAAGAAAAACCCUCACCUUCCAGUCCGCCACCGCCGCCCACCUCCGCCAACUCUCAGCAGCAGACAAACGCGCCGAAGAAUCCCGCAUCGCGCGCCGCUCCGCCCGCCGUAAAGCCGCCUCCGACGCCGCCGCUCUCACAAACGGCUCAGCAGACGACGCAGCAGCAGCCGGCGAGGGCUCAGCAGCCGAAGACAUAGCGGCGCCGAAAAUGAGCAAGAAGGAAAUCGCGCGGAAGGAGAAGGAGGAGAAGAAGCAGACCGAGAAGAUGAGCGCGACGACGACGAAUCAGACGGCCGCUAUGAUGGCUUUGGGGAAGAAUGCGAAGAGGUUUUCUUGGAUGUCUGGGGGUGCGGCGGCGGGGUUGCAGAAUCGGUAUAAGGUUUCUCCUGGUGCUGCUGCUGCGGCGGGGGGGGCAGGUGGGAGUGGGACGGUCACGCCUGGUGGUGGUGGUGGUGCUGGGGCGGUAUUGGGAGGCGGUGCGGUGGUUAAGGCGGAGGGGCCUGGGUCGCCUGCUGCUGGGACUUCUGCUGGUGGUGGUGGUGGGGGCGGUGCGGCAACGGCGGCGAAUUUUUCCGCUGGAUCCCCGCAGGUUGCCUCAGGAGCCGACCAGACAGCACAAGAGGUACCCGACUGGGGCUACUGGUCCGAACUCCUGCCCCAGAACCAGGGGAUUCAGAGUCGAGACUGGAUGUUCGUGCUCGAGCGGGAUGGGAAGGCGCGGUUGGCUUUGCAGCGUCUGAGUACCAAACUCGCUUAG